AUGGACUCGCCGCCUUUUAGGCCCAAGGCUAUACCAUCCCAUAUGACCAACGGUCCCUCUUCCCCUCUCCGCCUGAACCAGGAAGACCGCGACAGAAAAGAGCGCGAUAAUCUCUACGCUGCCAUUGAGACCUCGAACCGCGGCCGCCAAAUCGUUGACUUUGAGGGUUCCAACGGAUACUUUUCCAAAUCAUCUGCGGCCGGAGACAUGGACAAGAAGACGGGCGAAUCGGGCGAACAGGGCGGCAUAAUCAAUGGAGAGAUCGACGUAGAGGGCUACAAUGAGGGCACCGUGGCAAAGACCCCCUUGUCUACAAGCCGCGCCCACAGCCCGUAUACCCAGCAUCCUACUAUCGAUUUUGAUGGCUUGAGCUGGCCGAGUAAGGGUACGCGUGCGAGGAAGGAGGCGACUCCAGACGAAAAAGACGAACGCCUGGCGAAGCUCUCUGGGGCUGUACGGACCAUUCUUGAAUGCAUUGGCGAAGACCCCGACCGCGAGGGCUUGAGGGAUACCCCGGAUCGGUAUGCAAAAGCAUUACUUUUCUUCACCAAGGGCUAUGAAGAGAACCUGCGCGAAAUUGUCAAUGGCGCCGUUUUUCACGAAGACCACGAUGAACUUGUCAUUGUCAAAGACAUUGAAAUAUACUCGUUGUGCGAACACCAUCUGGUACCAUUCACUGGAAAGGUAUGCUUGCUGGUGGCGCCCUUCCCAUGCAGGUCAUUGUCAACUAACAUGCUCAAGAUGCACAUUGGCUACAUUCCCAACCGUCGAGUCAUCGGUCUCUCCAAGCUUGCCCGAAUUGCCGAGAUGUUCUCGCGCCGGCUGCAAGUCCAGGAACGUCUCACUAAACAAGUCGCUCUCGCCUUGUCUGAAAUGCUCCAGCCGCAAGGCGUCGCCGUCGUAGUAGAAUCCAGCCACUUCUGCAUGGUAAUGCGCGGCGUCCAAAAGACGGGUGCGACAACUACAACCAGCUGCAUGCUCGGCCGCAUGCGAUCCACCGCCAGAACGAGAGAAGAGUUCUUGAAUCUCAUCAACAGGAAAUAA